GAUUUUCUACUCUGACAACCCAUAGCUUCAAGCUUUGACAACCAUGGAGGAUUGCUCGCCUCAUAUUUUGCUUGACUCCUUUUGCUUUACUCUCUUGCAUUUUCUCCCCUAGUGAGCUAUAUCAAGACAGUACUCACCAUAGUCAUAAAGCUUCUCCUUUCCCAGAAAAUCAAAAUGUCUCUUCGUUUCUCCUCCCAUGUGUUAAAUCUUCACUCGGCCAAGAACCAAAGCUUCUUCAAUCGUUUCUCUUCAGACUUCAUUAACAGAAUUCAGGUAAGCUCCACCGCCACUACUCCUUAUGCCUUGCCAUACUCUCCUUUGAAUUCUUCUGAGUUGUUUAAGUUUGGCAGAGAAAAACUCGACCACCACCACCCCAUUACAGCUUCCAUAACCCCAAGUGUUGAAACUGUUGAGUCAUCUUCAUUCAGAGCUAAAAAACCCAAUGAUGUUAAUGUUUUGGUGGUGGGUUCAACUGGGUAUAUUGGGAAAUUUGUUGUUAAAGAGUUAAUCAAUAGAGGGUUCAAUGUCAUAGCCGUGGCUAGGGAGAGGAGUGGAAUCAAAGGGAAAAAUAGCAAAGAAGAGACAUUCAAUGAGUUGAAAGGAGCCAAUGUAUGCUUUUCAGAUGUCACCAAUUUUGAUUCUUUGGAGAAAUCUUUGGAAAGUUUAAGUGCUCCUAUUGAUGUUGUGGUUUCAUGUCUAGCUAGUCGUUCAGGCGGAGUUAAGGACUCAUGGAAGAUAGAUUAUGAAGCAACUAAGAACAGUCUGGUUGCUGGUAGAAAAUUUGGGGCUUCCCAUUUUGUAUUGCUUUCAGCUAUCUGUGUGCAAAAACCCCUUCUUGAAUUUCAGCGUGCUAAGCUAAAAUUCGAGGCAGAGUUGAUGAAAGAAUCAGAAGAGAAUAGUGGGUUCACUUAUAGUAUUGUGAGGCCAACUGCUUUCUUCAAAAGCUUGGGGGGUCAGGUUGAGUUGGUGAAAGAUGGCAAGCCUUACGUGAUGUUUGGGGAUGGAGAGUUGUGUGCUUGUAAGCCAAUAAGUGAGCCAGAUUUGGCUGCUUUUAUUGCUGAUUGUGUUUUGAGUGAAGAUAAGAUUAAUCGGGUUUUGCCCAUUGGAGGACCUGGUAAGGCAUUGACACCAUUGGAACAAGGGGAGAUCUUGUUCAAACUUUUGGGAAGAGAACCCAAGUUUUUGAAAGUUCCCAUUGGGAUAAUGGACUUUGCUAUUGGGCUUCUUGAUUUCCUUGUAAAGAUAUUUCCAUCAAUGGAAGAUGCUGCUGAGUUUGGGAAGAUUGGAAGGUAUUAUGCUGCGGAGAGUAUGCUGAUUUUGGACCCUGAGACUGGAGAGUAUAGUGCUGAGAAGACACCAAGUUAUGGAAAAGACACUUUGGAAGAGUUUUUUGAGAGAGUAUUGAGGGAAGGGAUGAGUGGACAGGAAUUAGGCGAGCAAACUAUUUUUUGAAAAGAAUUUGUGUUAUGGUAAUAAAGUUUGUAAGCAAUGGAAAAUGGUCAAUUUAUUAAACCAGUUUUAUACAACACUGUCUGUUUAAGGGUAUGCAAUUUCUUUAUCCAGAGCAGCAAUGUACAUUAUUUGAGUUGCAAUCAGGUGCUUUUGUUUAUUUAUGUUCUUUAUCUUUUGAUUCU